AUUUGAACUAGUUAAGCAUCUUUCUCUCUCUCUCUCUCUCUCCCCAUGGGGGGGAAAAAAAAACAGGGCUGUGCUUGCUCACCACGUCCACCUGCACUUCGUUACAGAGCAGUGUUCUCAUGCCACACCACAAGAGCCCCACAGUGACAUAACUCCACUCAGAGACUGGCGUGACUGGGCUGGUCCCCCCUCCCUCCCCAGCUCUUGUAUCACUAAGAAUCUGGCAGCCAGCUCCGUCCUGACAGAGUUUACAGCAUAUAUUGGUGGAUUCUUGUCCACAGUGCAUCUGCUUUAAGAAUUAACGAAAGCAGAAGCAAGACAGUAAGGUUUAAACCAUUUGCUGAAAAUGAAUCUAGGUGCAUUUACUCUCUUCCUGGCAUUAGUCAACAGUGCCAGUGGCCAAUACUAUGAUUAUGAUUUCCCCCUUUCAAUUUAUGGGGUCUCAUCACCGAACUGUGCACCAGAGUGUAACUGCCCUGAAAACUAUCCAACUGCCAUGUACUGUGAUGAGCUGAAGUUGAAAAGUGUGCCAAUGGUACCUCCUGGAAUCAAAUACCUCUACCUUAGGAAUAACCAGAUUGACCGUAUUGAUGAAAAGGCCUUUGAGAACGUGACUGAUCUGCAGUGGCUCAUUCUAGAUCACAACCUCCUAGAAAACUCCAAGAUAAAAGGAAAAGUGUUCUCUAAACUGAAGCAACUGAAGAAGCUGCACAUAAACCACAACAAUCUCACAGAGUCUGUGGGGCCGCUUCCUAAAUCUCUGGAGGAUCUGCAACUUACCCACAACAAGAUCACGAAGCUGGGUUCCUUUGAUGGACUGUUAAACUUGACCUUCGUUCACCUUCAACACAAUCAGCUGAAAGAAGAUGCUGUUUCAGCUGCUUUUAAAGGUCUUAAAUCACUUGAGUACCUGGACUUGAGCUUCAACCAGAUGAGCAAACUGCCUUCUGGCCUCCCUGCAUCUCUUCUAACUCUCUACCUAGACAACAACAAGAUCAGUGACAUCCCUGAUGAGUAUUUCAAACGUUUCAAUGGCCUACAGUAUCUGCGUUUAUCUCAUAAUGAAUUGGCUGAUAGUGGAAUACCUGGAAAUUCUUUUAAUAUAUCAUCUCUGGUUGAGCUGGAUCUCUCCUAUAAUAAGCUUAAAAACAUACCAACUGUUAAUGAAAAUCUUGAAAACUAUUACCUGGAGGUCAAUGAACUUGAAAAGUUUGAAGUGAAGAGCUUCUGUAAGAUCCUGGGGCCACUAUCCUACUCCAAGAUCAAGCAUCUGCGUUUGGAUGGCAAUCACAUCACCCAAAUGAGUCUGCCUCCAGAUAUGUAUGAAUGCCUACGCGUAGCAAAUGAAAUCACUGUUAACUAAUGCCUGCUAAUUACAAUUAUGCUGAAGUGUAUCCUGGAACAGUAUUGUAUGGUUAGGUUUUUGUGUGUGUGUGUGUGUGUAUCCAUUUUUUAUUGCUGUUUAUUACUUCCAAAAAUUUUAAAUUCUGAGGGAAAUGUUUUGUAAACAUUGACCACAUUUUUUUAAAAAAAAGAAAAGAUGAAAAGCAGGCCUAUUUCAUCACAACAGCACAUGCACACACACAUACAAAUAGAGAUGAAACUAAUGCUGUAUUUGUAAAUUUAGUGUUUUCUAUG